GUGCAUGAGCGGCUAUCGGCCGGCUAGGGCUUGCAGGGAAGAUGGAGCAUCCCGCGCUGGGCACGGUGCAGGCCGCGGACAGCGGCGGGGCCCGGCCCUACAGCAGCCUGGAGGAGCGGGACGGCCGGGAACCGGACGGGCCGCGCUUCGACCGCGAGAGGGCGCGCCGCCUCUGGGAAGCAGUGUCCGGGGCCCAGCCGGUGGGGAGGGAGGAAGUGGAACACAUGAUCCAGAAGAACCAGUGUCUCUUCACCAACACCCAGUGUAAGGUUUGCUGCGCCUUGCUCAUUUCUGAGUCCCAGAAGCUGGCCCACUACCAGAGCAAAAAACAUGCCAACAAAGUGAAGAGAUACCUAGCAAUCCAUGGAAUGGAGACAUUAAAGGGGGAAACGAAGAAGCUAGACUCAGAUCAGAAGAGCAGCAGAAGCAAAGACAAGAACCAGUGCUGCCCCAUCUGUAACAUGACCUUUUCCUCCCCUGUCGUGGCCCAGUCGCACUACCUGGGGAAGACCCACGCAAAGAACUUAAAGCUGAAGCAGCAAUCCACUAAGGUGGAAGCUCUGUCGAAACGCCUUACAAACCCUUUCCUUGUGGCCUCCACCUUAGCCUUGCACCAGAAUAGAGAGGCGAUAGAUCCAGACAAGUUCUGCAGCCUGUGCCACGCGACUUUCAAUGACCCCGUCAUGGCUCAACAACAUUAUGUGGGCAAGAAACACAGGAAACAGGAGACCAAGCUCAAACUUAUGGCGCACUACGGGCGGCUGGCAGACCCCGCUGUCGCCGACUCAUCGGGCGGGAAGGGCUAUCCCUGCAAGACGUGUAAGAUAGUGCUGAACUCCAUAGAGCAGUACCAGGCGCACGUCAGCGGCUUCAAACACAAGAACCAGUCACCAAAAACAAUGGCAUCACCUCUGGGCCAGAUUCCCGUGCAAAGGCAGCCCAUUCAGAAAGACUCAGCCACCUUGGAAGGCUAGAGGUGUUUCUGUACAACACCCCAGGUUGAGCCAGCCAUGAGCCAGCUUCCUGUAACUAUGGUCAGCCCUUGGCUCCUUCUUCCUCCUUUCUUACACCUGGAGAAUAUGUAGGCCUGAGGCAGGAGUGGACCACAGACAGCCUCUGACUGGUCCAGGCAAAUCCGCCCCUGCCCCUCCCCUUUGGAAUGGGCCCUGUAGGUCAGGAUAAGGGAAGAAGAGAUCUUGACAGGACGUGGGUUGUAGUUUGGAGUUUGGCCUUUCCCCGUCCCCAGCCCUUCUGGGCCAUAUGUCAUGAGGCCCCAGGCCUAUCUUUUCCUCUGCAAGUCAGUUUUGGACCAGUCUCUGCAGCUAAAGAGCUGAGCUCUCCCUGGGCUCUAGGCGUCUCCAGUGAAACCUGGAGCUUCCACGCCAGACCUUGGCCUGGGCAGGAGAGGGCAGAUGGAAGUGGCUGCCACACGGAAGCUUAGAGUUAAUGUGACACUCCCCCUCCCCCAAAAAAGUUUCCUUUUGCUGAGCCUGGGAUCAGAUGCUGGCCAGUUACACAGAUUUCUGCCCACCGUGAAGUCUCUUCCUGGAGCAGUCACACGGUCCUGGCCGAGCAUUGCUGUCCCCCUCGUCCUCGUCCUCCACAGUUCCUGAAUGGUGCUAAGGAUCUGCAGCAACUGGGGACACGCUAGAGCUGACGGAGGCCUCAGUACCCAGUGGGAUCAUCGAAAGCUCCAGCAGGGGCCUUUCCCCUCCUCCAUCAGAGGUGCUCUGACCCAGGGUCACAUGGGGAAGUCUCUGCCUGCAAAUAUCCUUGAUGGUUCUGCGCCCUCAAAGGCAACCUGCCUCCUGCCAGCAGCUUAGAGGCUAAUUGCUGCCCUUCGGCCCUACUGGCCCUCUCCUUCCCCUUGUGCAGCAGACCACCUGCCCAGGUUGCUAUGGUGCUAGUCCUCCCCCAUCAUCCACCAGGAGAUGCUGGGUACCAAGGAGCAGGAUGGGUCCCCAGGAGAAGAAGAGAGCUAGUGUAAGUUUCUGCGGUGAGUGAGGAAACAGACGUUUCCCUGGCCCCACACCUAGAUUUCUCUAACACGGCUAUGUUGUACGGCCUGGGAUGUCCCUGGGAGUGGACUUUACCUCGGAGCUUUCAAACAGGAAUUCCAGGGAGGUUCACCAUCUGAGGUUCCUCUUCAGUGGGGCAAAGGAGUCCCCAGCUGCUCUCGUGGCCUCCUCCCCACGCUCCCUAUCCCUUGGCCUGUGAAUGCCUUUACGUAUUGUGUGUGGAUAUGUGUGUGUGCACUCAUGCUCUCUCUUGGUCACUGAAGCACCUAAAUAAAGAAUUUCUCCCAUGAGCCAGAUUGCAACUGAACAGACCUGGGAUUUGGAUCUAGUGUGUGUGUCUUUACCCCUCACCCUCACCCCGCUCAGACUUCCAGCACCCUAAGUACUGACUUUGGGAUUUGAGACAGAGACAGACACCAAAUUGCCUGCCAACUCUGUAGGCGUCUUCCAGGUGCCCUGAAUUCAGUCCAAGCUCCUCUGCUCACCCAGCCCCUCUGUCAUGGAGGGCCUCAUGGAGUCUUUAGAAAGUUCAAGCUGGGAAUCUACUUUGUUUGCGAGGAUGAUGUGGCUACUCUGUGGAGAAGGAACGCAGAGGAGCAGGAAAGGAGACAUCCAGCGAGGCCAGGACGAAAGCUGUCUGCAGUAUGGCCCUCUCCGGGCUAACGCCCUCAGGGCAGGGGCCUGGCCUCGUCCAUCUCCACUUCCCUAAUGUACAGAAUUGUAUGUCCUGCAGUGUUUGUUGAAUGAAUGAUUGAGGAUGCAUAAGGAAAGAUGGCCUCUUUCCGCUCAGCCCUUACAUAGCAGUAGGUUUGCUCCCUGGGGCUUAUUAUAGGCCUGGUGAUUUUUGGAAGAAUCUUUUCCAUGACCCAGAAAUGAGCUGGGAAAGGAGUGUACGUGAUGGCAUCAGGAGCCCUCCGUCCAACCUUUGUUUCAGACAGCGAGAUCUGGGGAAGGUGCCCAGGCAGCCUCAGCUCCCAUUCUUCACUCAGCAAACUGUCUUGGGCACCUGCUCUUUGCCACCUGGGAAAGGCCAUACACAGCUCUCAGCUUUCAAAGCCUAGACUGCCUCUCAAUUUUCCCAGAGUCCUUCUACCCCACCUAAGGUGUCAGAAUCAGCCCCACCUAUCAGGCAAAGGAGUGAAGGGCAGAGAGGUGAGUGGGCUGCCAUACUAUGAGCCCUUGGCCUGCAGGACCUCUUAGUCUGGAUUCAGAAGUCCCUACCAGCUGUGUGCCCAGCCCUGUUGGUGUGGGGAUGCAGAAAUGAACACUGUUUUGCCCCUGGGGAGCUCACACACUGUUAAAGAUCAUUAUGGCCAUGAUCAGAGGGUUAUGCAGGGUGCUGUGGGAACACAUAAGAUGUAGGCACUAACUUACCCGGGGGUAGGAAGAAACUGGAAAAACUGGGAAACUAAUGUUUGAUCUGCGUAACAACCUUUUGAGCUGGGUGAUGGUACUCCAUUUUAUGGGGAAGGAACAAGGCUUAAAGGGGUAUAGUGAUUUGCCCAAGGUCUUGCUGCUACAAAGCAGCAAAGUAGAGAGUAGAAUCUGGUUCUCUGGAUUCCAAGUCAAGAACCCUUUAUACAGAGGGACAGGAGUCCAUUCCAUGUGACCUCUGGUCUUGCCUCGCUCAUCUUCUGGCAGGGCCAUGGUCUCACAGAGCAGGUAGCCACUCGGCCGGGGCAGCAACAGCACCCACAAAACAGACUGAACAAAGCUCAAUGGUUAUUGUCUGUUCCAAGCACCCCCAUACCUCUCAUAAUAUUACCCAAGAUUCCUGGUAUAUUAGACUAGUUAUAACUAUAAUAAACUUAAAGUGGUUAUCUAAAAAAGAAAAUUUACUGAUUCACCUAAUGAAAAAUCCUUGUACGAGGAUGGCUGGAUUCAGGAUGCAGUGCCAUCAGGAAGAGUUUAAUCUCAGUCUGCUGUCUUGUCCCCUGUGUGGCCUCUUGCCCUGGCCGACUUUCUCCAGAAGGUAGUAAGACGGCCCCUGGCAGCUGCAGGUUUAUAUCCUGAUAGACUGGCCACUGCAUCUUUUUCUUGGUUCAAACAAAAAAUUCUGGGAUUGACUCCUUAGCCCCUUGGAUCUGUUCCCACCCCUAAGCCAGUUGCUGCGGCUAGGGGAGAUGGUGCUCUGCUUUGGGGCCUGGGAAGGAGUGAACUCCACCUAAAAUAUAUGGACUGAAAAAGGGAGAGACGUGCACCCCUAAAAGAAAAAAGUUUGGCUCUCCUUUCAUAGUUUGGUUGAAGAAUGGAUGUGGGUGGGCAAAAAUAACUCAGCCAUACCCAGAGACUGCCUUUAUUUGACCAUCUCUUUUCUUUUUUUUUAACUUUUUGAGAUACAGCAUACAUUUAGUAAUAUGAGCCAAUUUUUAGCAUACAGUUUGAUGAGUAUAAUGUAUACUUCUGGGCAAUCACUCUGCAGGUCAAGAUACAAAACAUGGCCAGUUUCCCCAAAAAGUUCCCUUGUUGCCCUCCUAGUCAGUAACCCACAGAAGCGAACACUAUCUUGACUUCACAGACUGGUUUUGCUUGCUCUUGAAUUUCAUGAAAAGGGACUCACACAUACAUCCACUUUUGCUCAAAAUUACGUCUGUGAGAUUCAUCCAUGUUAGUGUGUGUAUCAGAAGACCAUUUUUUUAAUGUUCUUUUUUUUCAUGCUGUGUAGUAGUCCGUGUGUGAAUAAACCACAAUUUGGCCAUUCUAUUGUUAAUGGGCAACUGGGUUGUUUCUGGUUUUGAACUAUUAUAAAUAAAGCUAUUAUAAAAAAGUU